AUGUCCACUCUAUUCGAGAUCUCGAUUAAGAUUGUAGCAAUCAUGGGUAUCAUAACGAGCACAUUAAGCUAUUACAUGACCAAGACGAACGAUCCCGACCCAAUUACAGGACUCACAUCGAGAGAUAGAUAUGUCAUACAAACGUCUUGGGCUCCGGUCAAGAAGGAUUUGACCGGAAAUGGAGUCGCUCUGCUUCUAUUGUACUUUGAAAAAUUCCCAGCUACGAAAAAUUAUUUCGUCUUUAAAGACGUACCGAAUGAGAAAUUGAAAACUGAUAAGAAAUUUCACGCACAUUGUAACAGUGUGAUGGUCACUUUGGAUUCGCUUAUUGCCAAUUUGAACGACGGCGAACUUAUUGUAAGUCUUUUAGAAAAACUCGGGAAAAAUCAUAAACGGCACGGGAUUAAAGAUGACGCAUAUGACCAAUUGAAAGAAACCGUCAUUGAACUUUUUAGUUCUUUCAUGACGAAAGAAGAGCUUGAAACUUGGGAUAAGUUACUAAAAGUGGCAUUUAGCGUCAUAAUAAAAUAUCUGUAA